AUGCUCUACCGCGCAGCCGUGGAGGAUGAACCGCGAUCAUUCCAUCCCCGACGUCCCUCGGGCCCUCUGACCGAGCCUCCCUCCGGACCACUGCCGCAUCGUCCAUCCUCACGCAUCUCCCGAUCAGCCUCGCGAAACCGACUCGCACAUCCGGCGGGUGGAGGAGCUCGGAUCGCCUCCACCAGCCCGGACCCCCUGGCCGAUUUGACCCCGUCGAGUCCGAUCAAGGAAGGCCUGGGGAAUUUGAAUCGCUGGUCCCAGUCGACCUCUUCCAGUAGGAGUGCCUCAGAAUAUAUCGGUCACCACCGGGGCGCCUCCAAGGUCUCAAUCGCCAAUUCGAACCACAGCCCUUCCCGGACGCCUGCGCGAGCCGAAUUGCCCGAAGUGAGUGUGCCCGAGCUCAGAGCAUCCGAGAUGUUCAUGGCCGAUGCCAACAUAUUGUAUAUCGACCCCCCGUUCGCAGCGGAGAAUCACGAUUCCAUGACCCUGGGUCAUCUCCCCUCGCACCAGGAGUCGGCGUCAACGUACCCCGGGGAAGGUGGAAUCUUCAUGGACGGAGAGGGCGAGGCCGACUUCCGUCAGCACGGGGCGACACAGAAAGCAAUGCUGUCCAAGGCGCUCCAAAAGGCCAAUACGGCCGUGCUGCUCGACAAUGCGGCCAAUUUUGAGGGCGCGAUGGAGGCAUACACCGAUGCCUGCCAGUUGUUGCAAUUGGUGAUGCUGCGAAGCAAUGGCGGUGACGAGGAGCGGAUCAAACUGCAGGAAAUUCGGGAUACAUAUAUGGCACGAAUUACCGAACUUCAGCGCAUGGACUUUUCGAUCAUGGAAUCCGACGGCAAGGCCCUCCCAGAGCGCCCGCUCAGUCAAGAGUCCUUUGGCGAGCUGCUUCAUGCGGUCGCUUCGGUGCAGGACGAUCCGUACCUGGACAGUCAACACAGCGCCGCCCAUUCCGGUUUGCGGCUGCAGGCCGCCUUUGAUGAAUCACGACCGCUCCCUUCCGAAGCAAUUCCCCCGCGACGUCAAUCAUUGCGACCCUCGGCGCAAUCGGACCGCACGACACCUGCAGGCCUGGGGAACAAUCUCGCAGCCUACCACCAUGGAGCCUUCCUGGACCCAACGCCGGUUCUCGACUCCAACGAGACCACCUCAUGGCUCGACACCAUCGACGAAUCAGGCGCCUCGUCGCCAUCCUCGGCCAACUCCAAGGCGUCCUCGGUGUACCUGCGCCGACGAACCAGUCGUCGUCUCAGUACCGAUACGGAGGCCGAAUUCGACGCCGCCUUGGAUGCUGCCGUGGAGGCGGCUUAUGACGACGGGUUGGAGCCCGUCGAGGAGUACCAGGACGAAGAGGGCGACAGCGUGGUUGCGAAUGCGCGUCGGAAUAUCGAGCUUGCCAAGCAGCGAGUCCGGGAGGCCGAACUCGAGGCUGAGGCGGCCAUGAGUCGUGGUCGGGACCUUCGCCCCGUCCAGGAACAGUAUCUCCUGGAUGACGCGGGCGGCCAGACGUUGGAAUAUUUGGAUGAAGAGGCGGAAGAAGAAGAGCGUCUGCUCGAGGAAAUGACCAAGGGUUAUGUCAUGGAUGAAUUCGAGUUUGGUCUGCAAACCAAGUCGGCCUUGCCUCGAGAAUCGGAUUCCAGCAACAUGUCCGGUCAUACCUGGGAGAGCUCGCUCGCGUCAAAUGCCACGGGACCUGGGAGCCUGGCGUUGUCCACCCUCGCGGAGGACGACGACAGUGUUUUGCCUCUCGACUUUUUGGAUCAAACCCUCCUGCCCACUGCUCCCCCCACGGCAGCACUCCCUCCGAUCCCCGUCUCGUCCGAUUUCCCCAGUCUCCCCCUCCCUCGCGCAUCCGUGUCUUCACCCGCUCCUCCGCCACCUCCCAUGGGACCUCCCCCCAUCCCGGGUGUGCGUGCCCGGAGACUUUCAGGACAGGCUUCAACCGAGCUCAAAAUCGAGACAGGCUCACACGCGCGCAGUAGCUCCACGGUGUCCAACGUGGAUCCCUUUAUGAUCCCACCCACCCAGCCUGCCCCCGCAGCCUCGAAGGACGAGGCCUCCCAAGAACCGUCGCGGUCGGCGACACCGAGCUUCCGCGCCAACCUGCAUCCAACGUCCCGACGCAACCCUUCGACUGGCUCCUUUGUGGACCACAUCAAUUUGAUCAAGACUCGCACACAAGAGGACGAGGAAGGAGGUCUGCCCGUUCUGCCGGCCGCGAUACGUCCCAUGGGCAAGGUGCCUUCGGCCCCGGACGGCCUCGAUAAGGUCGGGGCGACGACCAAAUCCUUCCGCAAUCGCAAUGUUUCCGUGCCCAUCCCCGACACUGUGCCCGUCUCGCCGACGACUCCCUGGAGCGGUUCCUUUUCGUCUCAGGAGACUCAGAAAGCCAGCGGGAUACCUCACAUGCCAGUGCUUCCGACCCCCACCGCGCCUCUGUUCACGCAAAAUGGGCUUCCCACCGGCGGUCUGGACCUCUUUGAUUGCGAGAUUCAUUCGCCGACCUCGCUGGGUCGUCCCAACAUGCUCGUGCACAACGCGCCCCUGCCCUUGGAGCCUUGUCCCGAAUCGUUCCUCCUCCGGCCCUUCUGGCUGAUGCGCUGCCUGUACCAGACGCUCUCUCAUCCUCAGGGGGGCUAUCUGUCCGAGAAGCUGUUCAUUCCGCGCGAUGUCUGGCGCGUGAAAAAUGUCAAGAUCAAAGCUCUGGAAGACAAGAUCUCCAACUGCGAUUUGCUGACGGCGGCCUUGCUGAAACUGGCCCAAGUGGACAUGUUUGACGCGGAUGCCGUGCUGGAUGAAAUGCAAUCGUUUGAGAGUAUUCUCGACCAAGCGCAGAUGGUCCUGUCCAAGAAGCUCGGCAACGAAGUGGGCGUCCACGCCGCCAUUCCGCAGUUACGGCAACAUGCCUCGUUUGACGAUGCUGCCCAAUUCGAAACUUCCGUGGUGAAAUCGUCGAGCACUUCUAACAAAUCCUAUCGGCCCACGUGGAAGCGUCUUCGCUCCAAGACAUCGGGCAUCACCACGGUGAGCUCGUUCUCCAGUGUCCGCGAGACCAGUAAAGAGCAGUUGACAAUGACUUCGGUCCCGAUGACCACGGCACCGUCGAAUCAAGCGCGGCGCAGUGUGACUUCUUUGGACUUUUCGGGGCCGAAUUCUCAUUACAUGGGUGCUUUGGCGCGGCUUUUUGAUGCUGCUCAAGUAUUGGACCAAGUCGCCCAACAGGUUGAGGAUCCAGGCUUGAAGCAUUCUUCACCAACGCAUGUUGGUUUGGAGCUCAGCACGCGUCAUGCUGCCGAAUUUUUCGGCUUUUACAUUUGUCGCUUCGCCCUGGCCGAUGUUGGCUUGAUGUUGGAUAAAUUCAUCAAGCGUGGUAGUGAAUGGGUAUUGAUCUAG